AUGUCCAAACUCGUCGCUGCGCUCAAGCGCAACACUUUCGGCGCGGUCCUCGUCGACGUGUUCGACUGGUACCCGUCCCACCUCCCCAAGCCGGAGCGCAAGCUGCUCCGCAAGCUGGACCUCACGAUCCUCAUCUACGCGUGCCUGUCCUUCUUCUGCAAGUUCCUCGACCAGAGCAACCUCACCAAUGCGUACGUGUCGGGCAUGCGCGAGGACAUCAAGGCGUACGGCAACGACCUGAACUACUUCAACAUUGCCUUCUACUGCGGCUAUGUCAUCGGCCAGAUCCCGCUCAUGGCGCUCAUGACACGGCCGCGCGUCGCGCCGUACUUGCUCCCAGUGCUGGAGAUCGUCUGGGCCGGCUUGACAUUCUGCGAGUCGCGCGUGCAAACCCCGCGCGACCUGUACGUCAUCCGCGCGCUCAUCGGCUUCUUCGAGGCCCCCUCGUUUGCCGGAGUCCACUUCAUCCUCGGGUCUUGGUACCGCAAGGAAGAGCUCUUCAAGCGCGCCGGCGUCUGGUUCAUGGGCAACUCGCUGGGCUCCAUGUUCUCGGGAUACCUCCAGGCCGCGGCGUACAAGAACUUGAACCACGUCCACGGGCUUGCCGGCUGGCGGUGGCUCUUCAUCAUCGACGGCAUCAUCACCUUCCCCAUCGCCUUCAUCGGCUUUGCAUUCUUCCCCGGACUCCCCAACUCGCCCAAGCGCUGGUUCAUGACCGACGACGAGUACGAGCUGUCGCGCACCCGCAUGCCCCCGCACCAUGGGUACGACAACGGUAUCAACUGGAAGAACAUCAAGUAUACGCUUAGCCGGCCGAUGUGGUACUUGUGUGUCACGGUUUACGUGUGCAUGAUCCAAGGCUCCUACUUCCUCGGCUACAUGGUCCUGUGGCUCAAGUCGAUCGGUCUCAGCGUCGAGAAGGUCAACAUACUACCGACUUACAUGCAGCUGGUGCAGGCGCUCUCCUCGUGGCUUGGGACAACUUUUGCUGCCACCGUCGGGCUGCCCUACAUGUGGUCCUUUGGCAAUCUCUUCGUCUUCAUCUGUGCAAUCAUUCUCACAGUGUGGCACGUGCCAAUUGGGCUCAAGUACUUUGCCUGGUACUCGUCGGGCACGUCGUCCAUGACCUCCCCCAUCCUCUACUCGUGGAUCAACUCGGCGCUGGCCGAGUCGCCUUCCGAGCGUGCUCUCAUCAUCAGCUCCAUGAUGACUAUGGGUUAUUCUACGUUUAUCUGGGUGCCCUUGCUUACGUUCCCAACUGUUGAAGCGCCCCGCUUCAAAAAGGGAUACCCGGCGACCGUCGGCUUCCUCUUCGGCAUGUGGUCCAUCGGCCUCUUCAGCAUGUGGUAUGUGCCGCGUUAUCUGGCACGCGAUUCUGCCCGGCGCAAGGCAGACGCCGCGGACGAGGCCCAGGCGGAGGAGGAGCUCGGUGAGAUCGAUGUUGAGAGCAAGGACGGUGCGAGUGACGAGGAGAAGAAGUAG